AUGGAUGGAGAGCUCGGGAGAUUUGGAAUGAGGCCCAAGGGAGCUAGUGGCCACACUGGCCCUGGGCUGUUCCACGCCCCUCUGGGCGCCUCCCGGCCGGCGGGGGCUUAUAAAUGGACUCGGGAAGAGGAGGGGAUGUGCCUCACCGAUCAUCGGGAAGGGGGACAGCAGGAACUCCUCCUGGGUCCGGGGCGGAGGAGGAGGGGAGAGACCCCAGCCCCAAGACCUGCGCCCGGAGCCAUCUUUCAGGCUAGUCUGUCAGCCCGAGGAAAGGAUAAAUGGAUGCCCUCCACCUACCUCCCGGGACCCCAGGUCUGCGUAGCUGGCCCUCCAGAGAGAACCCAAGCAUCCGAGGUCCUGGUCGCUACGACCCCUGCUAUUGCGAGGCUUCUAUUUCUGGCUGCAGCGGCAGCCACAGCUCUUGGCAAGUCUGAGUUCCUGACCAUCGUCCCGGCCCACGGAGACAUUUACCUGGGCAGCUCCCAUUACUUCAUCUGCAAAGGUGUGUCAUUUGCGGUGUCUGGCGGGGAAGUCGAGGCUCGCCUUCGCUGGCUGGGACCUGAUGGGGAGGAGGUGGCUCUUGGAGGGUCCUCCUUCUCAGCCGAGCCCAUCGACGAGGCUUCAGUGGGGCUCCGAGUGACCCUGAGUGAGCCAGGUCAAGGUGGGCUCCUAAAGUGCGUGGCAGAGCCUGGAGAUACUGAGGAGGAGGAGAUCCUCGAGAUCCGGGCCAUCGAGAGGCCCCAUAUCCUCAGCCUUAAUCUCAGCCCCACCGUUGCGGAGGAGGGGUCCGUCACGGAGCUGCAAUGCAAGGUCACAGGGAUCUCCCAGCCCAACAUUACCUGGGAGCAUCAGGGCUUGGUCCUGGGAGAUAAGGGUGAGUAAGGGGCCAGGGACCCGGAUGCCUGGUUCCCUGACCGGGAGAGGGCCCACAGACUGGAGGGAGCAGGUGUCUGAAGACAAUCAGGUGUUCUUUCCCUUAACUCCUUCACACGCCCUUCACUCUGCAGAAUGAAUCAGAA